AUGAAAAUAUUUGUAAUUUUAAUAUUAAUAAAACUUGCAUUUGCUGGUACUUCACUACCCCCCUUCUAUCAUACGACUGAUGAAGUUGAAGCUGAAGUCAAAAACAUCCUAAAGAAUUGUUAAAUGAAGGCCACCCAAAAGAAAUACGGCAUUGUCGAUUCUAUAACAUUAAAGCCUAAAUUGGAUCAUGAAAAUAAAAAUAAAGCCUUUCUUAUCUUUGGAGAACAUGCAAGAGAAUUAAUUAGUGUUGAAACUGGAUUGCACCUUCUCAACUAAAUAUGUCAUACUCCUCUGGAUUUCAAAUUGAAAAUCAUCAUUAAUAUGAAUCCAACUUCAAGGAGGUAUGUGGAAAGAGGACAUUAUUGUCUUAGGGAAAAUCUCAAUGGUGUUGAUCUGAAUAGAAAUUAUGGUUUUGAGUGGAAAUUCAAAGAAAAUCAUUUCGUUUAAGAUUCUUCUGGCCCAGAACCUUUCUCAGAGGUUGAAACAUAAACUGUCAGAGAUAUCCUCUCCUCAUUCAAACCAAAAACCUUUAUAACUGUGCAUUCAGGUACAUUAGCAAUCCUUCAUCCUUGGGCUUUUAAGAAGGAAGAUGUCGUUUUUUCUCAUCAUCAUAAUCUGAGAGGAGUAAAAAAUGAAUGUGUAGAUUGUUUAAUAGGAGGUGCUGCUACAUAGAUAGGAUAUACAGCCUCAGGCAAUUCAAUGGAUUAUGCCUAUGGAAUGGCGAAAGUCAAGAGGUCUUAUACUCUUGAGAUUUUUGAGUAUGAAAAGCAAAAUUAAAGGAAGGAACCAGAUAGUAAUUUUGCUGAAUUCCUACAACACAAAGAAAAAGAGAAAUCAGAAAUCAGCAACAAAGAACUAUUUUGUUUUGAUUAUUUUAAUCCAAGAAGUGAAGAUCAAUAUAAUGAAUUAGUCGCCAAAUGGUCUAACAUUAUUUUAUAACUGAUCUAAUGA